UUAGGGCACUUUAUAUCACGCUUUCUGGUGCUAAAAUCAAACUCAAGCCGCUUGCGAUGAAAAUAUAAACAAACGAGCAAUCCCUAACUAAAUGUUUUAAAUAGUUUAGAUAAUGGGGUGUUUUAUUUCGUUACUGUAGCAACUUCAGGGUGAGUGCUGGCGCCUAUUUUUCUAGAAAAAAAGCACUGCACACACAAUGUCAAAACCAUAAAUGAGAACUAUCAGCUCACUGAGGGGAGGCAAAUCCAGUGCUUUUUUCCCUAGGGGGACGCAUACCCCUAAACAUUUUGUGAAUCUAAGUUUGGCCUCAUUGAGGGGCAGUAUUUCAAUAUGAGUAGGAAAAUGAGAGUACCCCCUAAACAUUUUUUUUAGAAAAAAAGCACUGGUCAAAUCCAUAUGACUUUCUUUAGGUCAGGCUUUGUGACAGGUCUUUUAGGAACAUAAGAAGCUAUCCUAACACCAGUUUGUUCCCACCUAGCUCAGAUUGUCUACCCUGGCUGAUAGCUGCUCCUGAGAGUUUCAGACGGGGCAUUCUCAGGCCUACUGGGAGAUGCAAGAGAUGGAACCCAGGACCUUCUGCAUGCAAAGCAGCCGCUCCAACAGACCAGCAGUCCUUUCUUUCCUUCACAGGCACACGGAAUUGUUAUGCAUGGAAUAAGGGAUGUGUUUUCUGCUCUGUUCGGAUUGCUACGCAAACUGUGUUUUUGCACAAAGGGUAAAGUCCACCAAGGUCACAAAGUAAUUUCAGUAUGGCCAUUUUGGCUGCAAAUGUUAAAGGACUGGAAGAAGAUUCGGUAAGUUUCUUGUUGCAGAUUCUCUUAUUAAGCAGGAGACACUUAUUUGCACUUUAUUUUUUUUAAUGGUUUGUUUGUUUUUUAAAGUCUGACUUUCCCAUUUUCCCAAGCUGCCCUACGGACCAGAGAUCUGUCCUUUUCUUUUCUUUUCUUUUUUUCUUUUUGCAGCCAAUACUGCAGUGGCAGAGAUGCAGCAUUUAACUAGGAACUGAUUUGCACAUUCCUUUGUUUUUGCAGGCAUGGAUCAUGACGACAUAGAAAGGCUGGCGGCAGAGCUGCAUAAAAAGGGGAGUUCCUGGAGCCCUUUCCAGGUGGCAGCAAGCACCAGCUUGGUCCUUUAUUUUGCCUGGGCCGGAUCUCUUGCCCUAGGCCUGCGCAAAGUGUAUUUACAGGUGCCAUAUGUACCCUCCAGUGUCAAGCAAGUGAGGAAUAUGAUGUCGCUGCUUCAGGGGCGCUCUGGGAAGCUGGUGGAUUUAGGAUCGGGUGAUGGCAGAAUUGUGUUGGAGGCUUACAAACAAGGCUUUAGGCCGACUGUUGGCUAUGAGCUCAAUCCAUGGCUUUUACAACUGUCCAACUUUCGUGCCUGGAGGGCUGGGUGCUAUGGAAAGGUUGUCUUCCGGCGAGAAGACCUUUGGAAGGCAGAUCUCUCUGACUGCAACAAUGUCACUGUGUUCCUGGCUCCCAGCUUGGUCCCACUCCUGGAGAAAAAACUGCUUUCAGAACUCCCAGAUGGGGCCUGCGUGGUGGCUGCCCGCUUCCCUUUCCUCAACUGGAUUCCUACCAGCAUUGCUGGAGACAGCUUAGAAACAGCCUGGGCCUAUAACAUCACAGCAGUACGGCAAGCAGGCAGGCAGAUGCCCAGCCAAAGGCUAAACCUGCUCCAUAAAACUCAGCUGUGCAGGGAAAAUGGAAAGGAUGCAUGAAAUUGACAACAGUGCUUUUUCUUUUGCUAGUAGUUGUCUUAACUAGUGGGGGGGGGAGUUAUUGGUUUGCAUUUGCUUUUGCUUUAUUAUAUUUUGUAUUCUCAUUUUAUAUUUUUUCUGUUGUGAACCAACCUGGGAUCUUCAGAUGAAGGGCGGUAUACAAAUUUUAAUGAUGAUGAUGAUAGGUUAUCAUGGUCCCGCAGUUCAGAUGAGAGGGCCAGUAAAAUAAAUUGCCAUAAAUAACCACACACUUAUGCCAAAUGCAACACCAUGACACUAGCAGUAAUCCUUUUAUUCUGUCUCCCCCACCCCACCCCUCAAAUAAUGGCUUUAUCACCUUAAGGGGCUGGUGGGUACUUAGAAAUACCAGUGGACGAAUCUACCCACAUUUUUUAUCUCAUUUUAUCCUUUUUCCCCCAGUCUUAAGUUCAGUUUACCACAUUGGUUUGCAAUUUGUUCCCCUUAAAACCAGGUAGUGGGCCUUCUCGGUAUUGGCGCCCGCCCUGUGGAAUGCCCUCCCAUUAGAAAUAAACAACUAUCUGACUUUUAGAAGACAUCUGAAGGCAGCCCUGUAUAGGGUUUUUUAAUGUUUGAUGUCUUACUGUGUCUUAAUUUGUUGUAAACCAUCCAGUUUCAGUGCACAUUUUAAUAUGCCCAUUUUUCAAACAACUUCCUGCUUAUGUAAUGCAUAUUUAAAUGCUACUUUCACUGGCAUAUACAUAUUUUUACACAAUUUCCUCUAACUUGCAUGAUCUUUUGGUAUGAGAACUGUGUUGCAAAUUUCAAAGAUAAGCUGAUUUUUAGUUUGCUUAAUCAUUCUGGGAAGUAUGAGUUAGGCUGAUUCCCACUGAAAUGUGAACCCACCCAAGUUUCUACACUUUACACCUUCACAAACACAAGUAAAGAUGAAUUAUCCUGGGAAGUAUGUAGGCAUCAUAAGGAACAAAGAAAUAUUAAUGUGACUAUGGAAAAAAGGAAUUGGCAUGAUUUAGGGCAGUAUCCAACUAAUGUGUCCAGUCAGUGCAAUUUCUGCCUGCGCAAUGGAACAUCCUUCCUCUGCUCUCCCUGUGUGCCCCAUAUCCUCCCCAGAUUUGUUCCAGAAGGUUGGAGGAACCCCCAUCAUAGAUUUAGGGAGCACACAGAGCAGAGGUCUUUGCACUGAUGGAAUGAGUUAUUUAACACUACAGUACUUUGGAUACAAGAUUCCCCAAGAUUACUGAUUUGGUGUCAGUUAAGUCUUCCUAUUUAAAAAUCAUCUUUUCCAUGAAGUUUGAAAUAAGUCGUCAUGCCAGGUUUCUGCCAGGAGGAGGGAGGCUGAGAAGUCAGGGUGUCCAUAAACCUGUAUUUUGGGAGAAAAGAAUCUCUGACCCAAAUUGUGUGUUGUGGGGUCAGUCAGUGCAUAGGGGGUCCUACAAAAACCAAGGUCCAUGGGUUAAAGUUAAAAACUAAAUAUAAGCCCAACUGAACAGCUGAGGAAUAGUCUAGAAGGCUGAGGCUACUGUCAAGAGAUGCUAGAUUUAUUUUGUUGGUGUAGUGCAGAGAGAUGUAUGUAAUGUUUUCUGAUUUCCUGAACCAUGAUUAAAAGAUGAACAUCAGGCUGCAA